AUUUCUCGAACCCUUUCUUCUUAAAAUCCUAUCCAAAUUACUCAGCCAUUUGCUUAAGCUUUUAAAUCACAGGCUUCCCUGCAUUAAUCUCACUCAAAUACCUUAGAGCAUUUUCAUUUCGGUUCAUUUCCAUGGCGGCUCAAACCAUGCUCCUGACUUCUGGUGCGUGCGCCGGCCAUAAGAGAGAGUUCGCUUCUAUUUUCACUCAAACGCUUAGACCUAACGCCCAAGUUACUCGCCUCCUUUUCAAUCCUUCGCCUUCGCAUUCUGUUACCUUGCCGGCGCGUGGAUUUACGACUCUUGCGGCUUUUAAAUCCAGAACUAAAGUGCCGCCGAAGAAGGUUUCGAAGCCGAAGGUUGAAGACGGCAUUUUCGGAACUUCCGGUGGCAUUGGUUUCACUAAGCAGAAUGAACUCUUCGUCGGCCGUGUUGCCAUGAUCGGCUUUGCUGCAUCUUUGUUAGGAGAGGGGAUUACCGGUAAGGGAAUUCUGGCGCAACUGAACUUGGAAACUGGAGUUCCGAUUUACGAGGCGGAGCCUCUUCUUCUAUUCUUCAUCUUGUUCACUCUGCUCGGAGCCAUCGGAGCCCUAGGAGACCGUGGAAAAUUUAUCGACGAUCCAGAAACGGCUGGAUUGGAACGCGCCGUCAUCCCUCCCGGGAAGAGCUUCAGAUCGGCGCUAGGUCUCAAGGAAGGAGGUCCGUUGUUCGGAUUCACGAAGGCAAAUGAGCUGUUCGUCGGGCGAUUGGCGCAGCUAGGGUUUGCGUUUUCGCUAAUCGGAGAAAUUAUUACAGGAAAAGGUGCGUUGGCGCAGUUAAACAUCGAGACGGGAGUGCCGAUCAAUGAGAUCGAGCCUCUGGUAUUGUUGAACGUUGUGUUCUUCUUCAUUGCUGCUCUGAAUCCUGGGACUGGAAAAUUCGUCACCGACGAGGAAGAUGAUGAUUGAACGGAUCGAUUCUGCUUUAAUUUUCUUUGUACAUGAACUUAGCAAAUCCGUGAAUUUCUCUUUAGGCUUGUGUAAUUACAACAUGUGUAUUCUGCUUGAGCACCGAAAACAACGAAAUCCAAGCAAAACAAACUUCGGCUAGUGAA